AUGCCUCUGCAAGUAUCGCAGUUGGCAGACCAACCUACUUUAAACGAACCCACUCGUCCACAUAGCAUAUCGUCCUGGCGUCCGACGACUGAUAUGUUCGACAACUCCUCCGCUCCUUCCACAUUACGUUGCGCAGAUGCGAUCGGUGGCCAUUUAUCAGCUGGUCUGAGGCCAACCUCUCCUUUUUCUGUGUCUGACUCGUCUGACGGUGAACAGCUAGACGUUAUUCCCUUUGGAGUCGCCGGUCUUCGCCAACGCUGCCAAUGCUUGUUGAAUCAAGACACUAUAUCAGCAAAAGACUUGGGAACCUUACUAGAAUCUUCAGAGUUAUUGGCUCUUGGAUACGAUGAUAUAGCUAGCCAGAAGGAUAUCAGCUACAUUCGAGAGCAACUUCAAGCUAGAAGAAUUGAUCCAACGGCAAUGCUUAAGCAACUUUUGACAAUCGCAUCCAACCUGCAUUUUGAACCCAUGAUGACUAUUACUGCAGACGGAUAUGUGAUUGAAGAUGUUUUUCCUUCAAAAGUACCGUCAGAGCAUUUGGAUCUGCAAACACGCUGGUUUCGACGGCACUUUGUUGGGAAGGCCUACGCCACAUUUGUCGGCCCCAAUCACAUUAUUUCUGUCGUACGGGAGGAGGCAAGAGAGUUCUGUGGACCUGGAAAUGCUGCUGCAAAGAUUUUGGGACAGCAAUAUCGGAUCAUCAUCCGAACAAGCAAGUUGCCAGAUCAACGACAUGUCAUUCAUGAGGUUGUUGCCAACGAAAUGGAAAACAGGAUCGAAUUCUCAAAGGGAAGUGGUAGUUCUAGCCAUGGUUCAAUGAACAGCAACAGCAAGAGAGUACCCUUUUCCUCGCGUCACACCAGGAAUCGUACCAUGCGUGCCGCUGUUGCCUCGGUGUUUCCUGAAGCGGACCUAGGCAGUUUCAAAGAGCUAUCGGCGGAAGAAACUAUUCAUUUGGGAUUAGAGCGCGAGCUCCUUCGUUUCGAUGAAUCAGGGUCACCAAACCAUUACAAGUUUGGUGUUAUGGUUGUUAAACCUGGCCAGACUAUCGAAGAAGACUGGUUUUCAAAUACAGAUUGCUCGCCAUCAUUUUGGCGCAUGAUGAAUGCCAUUGCAAAUAAGGUUGAACUGAAGGGAUAUUUUGGCUGGGCAGGAGGACUAGACACAAAAACUGGAGAGUCUGGGACCCAUGUUUACACCUCUAAAUGGAAAGAUUUUGACAUUGUAUACCAUGUGGCCCCACUGAUCCCAGCUCGAAAGAGCGAUCGACAACAAAUCCAUAGAAAAAGACAUGUUGGUAACGAGGGAGAUGCCAAAUUCUGCCCAUCGGUGAUUAAGUCGCAGUUUCUUCACGUAUUCAUUUUGGUGCGUGAGGAAAUGGUGGAUGAUCACGUUGCUUGGAGGGUUGAAGUCAUUCACAAUGAAAACGUUCCUGAGUUUGGGCCCGUACUGCCUGCUCCAGCACUAAUUUACAGUGCUCAUGACUUACGAGCAUUCCUUUCAACAAAACUCAUCAAUGCUGAAAAUGCAGCGCUCAAGUCACCCAAGUUUGCUAUCCCUAAUGCAAGAGCCAGAGAAGGAAUCCUUGACAAUCUCAUCAAGACAGGAACCAAGCCUGGAUCACCCAGCGGAAUAACAAGGUCUUCAACCGGUGUCAGUAGUGAUCCGUUAUCGGCUAGAGUUCGAAGAGGUGCGGUGCGAUCAGAAUCGUCCUUAGUACCCCCCAACCUCCCUCCCAUGCCAACACCAUCUAGAUCGAGCAUGUUGAAGGAGUUGACGGGUUUGGCUCGAAGACGAAGCGGUGUUCAAGAAAAAGUUAAAAAGGAACAACCACGACGAGCUACAUCAGCUCCGACUCGUGACAAAGAUGCAACGAAGAACAAGACAACUUCAGCUCCCAAUCCACCUUUGCCAACCGAAAGCGCUAAAACGGCCCAACCUAUACGAUCCUAUUCCACUACGAAAGUCAGUACAACUCGUGCAAAACCUGUUGUAGACACAUUAUCGACCUCGCCUCAACCCAAUGCCAGCGAUGAACGGUCAGAUAUACCGUCACCGGCUGAUCAUCUGCCUCCUAUGGGAUUGACAGCUUUCAAAUCCCGUGCACAUAAUCUGUUCAUGAUCGGACGACGUGAAUCAUCUAAACCUGACAAAACACAGCCAGACAAUUCGAAACGAUUCUUGCGAACAUCGGCCGCGUUACAAAAAUUGACCCCUAGUAUGACCAUGUCGACUAAAUCACCUAGCCAACCAAUAGAUUCAAAAUCCCAGAGAGGAUGA